AUGGUUGGCCUCGAGGAAGGCUCCGGCGAGGCGGUAUCUCCGACGCCGGGCUCGACGGAUUCCUCCAGCGACGCUGACUCCAUUUUGCAACUCGGCAGACACAACCUACAUCCAACGCUGGUAGAAGCGUUGGCAUCGUCGUAUGCCACCUUCACAGACAUACAGAAAAAGGCGAUACCGCAAGCGCUCGCAGGAAAGGACCUGCUCAUCAAGGCGCAAACAGGCUCGGGGAAAACGCUAGCCGCUCUCGUGCCCAUUGCUAGCUUUCUAUAUGAUUCAGUUGAUACUUUCGGUACGUGUGAUGUUAUAGUGCUUGUUGUUGUGCCGACGUCGGAGCUUGUGGCACAGACUAUACAAGUGCUUAACCGGCUUAUCAGGAAUGGAGUGACGGUGAAAGCCGGGUCAGAUGUUCCAGGGACGACUGCAAACGUCAUAGUAACGAAACCUAAAAGUGCUAUUGGGUAUGCCAAGGAGCAUCAGGCGUCACUGAAAAAGGUGGUUCUGGAUGAGGCAGACCUCCUGUUCGAAUUCGGGUUUAAAAAGGAAACCCUGCAGCUGGCGGAGGUGCUGAGGCAUUUCGGUAGGCGCAAGCAGUUUCAGACUAUCAUGCUUUCGGCCACGUUGGACCAAGAUGUGCGUGCGUUGGCCAACCUUAUUCUGUACAAACCAGAGUACAUCGAAGCGCAGUUCACACCAUCAAUGGGAUCAAUCAACGAAUUUUAUGUGAAGGUGGACGAGGAAGACAAACUGCUGCUCCUAUAUGCGCUGCUCAAAAUGGAUGCGGUGCCACAUCCGACCUUAAUAUUCACGAACUCAGAUGAAAGGGCAUACUUGAUUAAGACGCUACUGGCGAAACUCUCGAUCGAAUCGCGCACACUCAGCAGAUUGCUGUCCCCUAGAAUGCGGCAGUCCCUGCUCAACAGCUUCAACCAGGGCAGUAUAGAUGUGCUCAUGGUGGCAGAUGACGCACGAGGCGACAAGUUAUGCGCAACGCGCGGAGUGGAUUUCAAGUCGGUGCAAUGUGUCAUGAAUUUCGACGCACCUACUGAUGUGACGGUAUACACGCACCGGAUAGGGCGGACUGGCCGCAUGGGGAGCGUAGGAAGCAGCAUCACGUUAAUCACCGCGGCGGAUGAACCGCUCCUGGAGGGACUGCUGGCAGACGCCUCGCGCAAACUAGAACCCCUGCAAAUAGAAAAGGGCGCUUUCGACACCAUGAGAUACCGUGUCGAUGAUGUAGCUAAGGGAGUGACCAAGCGGCUGGUGGCGACGAGUCAGGUACAGGCGCUCCGCCAGAGCGCCCUGCUCGAAGAAGCAUUCGUCACCACGCUCAGCAAGCGUGACGAGGAACUGCUGAAGGCGGUGGUUAAAAACGACGACAAAAAGCUCACAGUGGAGAAAAAACACCUCUCCCAUCUCCCCAAGUACCUCGUGAACGACCCAUUGAGGGCGACCGUACUCGAUCUACAGCAGAAAAUCAACGCCAACGUGCGACCAUCCCAAAAAACGCAAAAUAAGCCCGGUGAUCCGCCAUCGAAGUUAACAGUUAAAAAGAAGAGACGGAAGGUUACACAUAAACGACAGCCCAUGUUCAAGAGGAGGAAGAAGUAA